GAGAAUCAAACUCAUAAUCAGAUGUUAGCCUCUGGGCUCAAGGCUUCAGAGAUGCCUUUCCAUCUGAGCAUUAAAACUCAAGAUCCCAAGCCAGAGGAGAAACUGCCACGGAAGCACAAGGUGCCUCUGACAGCGCCAGAGGCCCUAAAGUUUUUUAAGAACCAGCUGUCUUCUUAUGAGCAAAGUGAAAUCCUGGGCUACACAGAGCUGUGGUUCCUGGGGCUCGAAGCUGAGAAGCUCCACGUGGCUCCUGAGAGAUUCAGCAAGACAAGCUUUGAUGAUGAACACGGCUCCUAUGUGAAGGUCCUGCAUGACCACAUUGCCUACCGCUACGAGGUUCUGGAGAUGAUCGGGAAAGGGUCCUUUGGACAGGUGGCCAAGUGCUUGGAUCACAAAAAUAAUGAGUUGGUGGCCUUGAAAAUCAUCAGGAACAAGAAGAGAUUUCACCACCAGGCCCUGGUGGAGCUGAAGAUCCUGGAAGCUCUCAGAAGGAAGGACAAAGACAACUCCUACAAUGUGGUACACAUGAAGGACUUUUUCUACUUCCGCAAUCACCUCUGCAUCACCUUUGAACUCCUGGGAAUCAACUUGUACGAGUUGAUGAAGAAUAACAGCUUUCAAGGUUUCAGUCUGUCAGUAGUUCGGCGCUUCACCCUCUCUGUUUUGAAGUGUUUACAAAUGCUUUAUGUAGAGAAAAUCAUUCAUUGUGACCUCAAGCCAGAGAAUAUAGUGUUAUACCAAAAGGGCCAAGUCUCUGUUAAAGUGAUUGACUUUGGAUCAAGCUGUUAUGAAGACCAGAAAGUAUACACCUACAUCCAAAGCCGGUUCUACCGAUCUCCGGAGGUGAUUCUGGGCCAUCCCUACAACAUGGCCAUUGAUAUGUGGAGCCUGGGCUGCAUCAUGGUGGAGUUGCACACGGGCUACCCUCUGUUCCCUGGGGAGGAUGAAGUGGAGCAGCUGGCCUGCAUCAUGGAGGUCCUGGGCCUGCCGCCAGCCCGCUUCAUUCAGACAGCCUCCAGGAGACAGACGUUCUUUGAUUCCAAAGGUUUUCCUAAAAAUAUAACCAACAACAGGGGGAAAAAAAGAUACCCAGAUUCCAAGGAUCUCACGAUGGUGCUGAAAACCUACGACACCAGCUUCCUGGACUUUCUCAGAAGGUGUUUGGUAUGGGAACCUUCUCUUCGCAUGACCCCUGACCAGGCCCUCAAGCAUGCUUGGAUUCAUGAGCCACGGAACCUCAAACCACGAUCCAGGCCCCAGACCCUGAGGAAACCUGGUCUCUGUUUCCCCUCUGAGGCCAGGAAGGACAAGGUUCAAGGGCAUCAUCACUUGGACAAAAAAGAUGUGAUCAUCAAAGAAGAGACUAUGGACAAAAUAAAAGAUGUCACCACUAAGCAGAUUCAGAAUUCAGGUGAUCAGCAGGGCUCUCUCCAGCACGCAGCUGAAUUUGUCCAGCUGCCUCAUCUAGCAGAAGCUUCCAGAAAGCCAGAGGCAGUUGUUAGGCCAGAGUUGUCCAAGACCUCCACCGGGAAACAAAGCAAAAACUCCUCCCCCAAGAACACGAACAUUUUACCACCUCUUGUAUGACUUUUGCUGAGGGUGUGCCCUGUUCCUUUCCACCAAUGAUUUGUAUUAGAGACAGCACUUAUAUUGUACAAUACUUCAGAUUGUUGUUUUUUAAUGUA